AUGAUGGCCGGUACUGAUGAUUGCUACACGUCAGCCAGGGGCUGCACUGCCACCCUGGGCACCUUUGCCAAGGCUACCUAUGAUACCAUCUCUAAGACCUACAGCAGCUAUCUGACCCCUGACCUCUGGAAAGAGACUGUGUUCACCAAGUCUCCUCAUCAGGAAUUCACUGACCAUCUUGUGAAAACCCACGCCAGAGUCUCCAUUCAGAGGACCCAGGCUGCAGCCGCGGCUACCACAUGA